AGAAGAAGAAGAAAAACAAAUUGGAGGAGGAGAGAGAGAGAGAUAGAUAGAUAGAGAGAGAAAGCGUUAACGUGCAAUGCAGGGAAACGAAGGGCUUGAAUCAUCAAAGAGGAAGCUUUGGAGGAUCUUACACGGCACAGAUGCCUAGACGAUCCCUUCUUCUUUCUUCAAUCUCCUUCCUUCUCUUCCCUUGCCGUAUGCCGUAAUUUAUUCUUUUUUAUUCCAUUUUCUCCAUCCUUUUAAAUUCCACUCUCUUUCCUCUUUCUCUCUCUAAACUAUCACAAACCUUUCCCUCACAAUUCGCCAUUUGAAUUCUCCUCGCAUUUCAACCUCUUCGCUUCUCCGAUCCUCUGAUCGCUUCCUUUUGGAGUGCAAAGUUUGGUUUUUUAUUAAUAUUUGGCUGCUUCUCAGUUUUUCCUUCUUUUUAUGCCGGACGGAAAAUUUUGAUGUGUCAGUUGCCAAUAUAGUGGUAUUACGCGUUUGUGGAUGUGGGAGAUAAUAAUUUUGCUGAAAAAGUUUCUUGGGUUUUAGGCAAUCAGGGCUUGGUUUCAUUAUGCCGUCUGAAAUAAGGGACCUGCAGAGCUUGUCCUCAUCAUCCUUCUUCUCUGAGGCUUCAUGUUUCCCAAACGAGAGGCAGGUUGGAUUCUGGAAGUCAGAUAACAUGCUCGAUAACUAUGCCAAUGAGAAGUCAAUUGCAUCAUCUUCUCUGGAGAAAUUCCUUCCAGUGGAGCGUCAGAACCUGAAGUCACCCGAGUCUUUUUUAAUGCAAGACCAGAAAGUGAUCUCUAGCUUAAAUAGACAUGCAAUAGGACCAGCAAGAUCAUCCAGUCACUCCUUGCCUCCGUUGAAACACAUAGACCAUAAUCCAAUAGCACGAUCUAAUACAAAAGCAGAAGCAGCAUCUUAUUUUGUGGAAGGCAGCAAAGUCAAUGUGAUGGGUUCUCAGUACGAGAGUAGUCUCUUCUCAAGUUCAUUGUCUGAGCUGUUUAGUCAGAAGUUGAGAUUGUCGGCGAACAAUGCUGUAUAUGGCCAUUCAGUUGAUACUGUUAAUCCACACUAUGAGGAAGAGGAAAUCAUGGAAUCCCUUGAAGAAAUAGAGGCCCAAACCAUUGGGAACCUUCUUCCUAACGAUGAUGACUUGCUUUCUGGAAUUACUGAUGGGAUUGAUUAUAAUAUCCAAUCCAAUGGUGGAGAUGAUAUGGACGAGUUAGAUCUUUUCAGCAGUGUUGGAGGGAUGGAUUUAGAAGAUGAAGCUGGACAAAAAAGUGAAUUUCCUGGAAUUUCUAAUGGUCUGCCAGGGCUAUGUAAUGGUUCAAUUGUUGGAGAACACCCUUACGGUGAACAUCCUUCUAGGACAUUGUUCGUGAGAAACAUAAAUAGCAACGUUGAAGAUUCUGAGUUGAGAACCCUAUUUGAGCAAUACGGGGACAUCCGCACUCUUUAUACAGCCUGCAAGCAUCGGGGUUUUGUUAUGAUCUCUUAUUAUGAUCUCAGAGCAGCUCGGAAUGCGAUGAAAGCACUUCAAAACAAGCCAUUGAGGCGUCGGAAACUCGACAUACAUUACUCGAUUCCAAAGGAGAAUCCCUCUGAAAAAGAUGUUAAUCAGGGCACUCUUGUAGUGUUUAACCUUGACUCUUCUGUCUCAAAUGAUGAACUUCGUCAAAUUUUUGGUGUUUAUGGAGAAAUCAAGGAGAUCCGUGAAACACCACACAGAAGUCAUCACAAAUUUAUUGAAUUUUAUGAUGUUAGAGCUGCAGAGGCUGCUCUUCGUGCAUUGAAUAGGAGUGAUAUUGCCGGAAAGCAAAUUAAGCUAGAGCCAAGUCGCCCUGGGGGCACAAGACGUUUGGGGCAGCAGUUCCCUAAUGAUUUGGAGCAAGAUGAAUGCAGCCUUCAUUUGCAGCAUAGUAGCCCUCCUAUUAACUCAACAGCUGGAUUUUCUGUUCAACAUGGAGCAAUAACUUCUAGUGGUGUAGAUAAUGGAACUGUUAUUAGUGCACACAGCACAAUACAUACUCCACGGCUUGAAACUGCAUUUCAUCAUGGGAUAUCUUCUAGUGUUCCAAAUAGCUUGUCCUCUCUGGUUAGAAUUGAAUCACUUGGCAACCAAUCUACCCUUACAGAGUCCAAUCAUUCACCAGGGCCACUUAAGUUUGACAUCCAUGGCACAUCAGCUUUUCAUCCUCACUCACUCCCAGAGUUUUAUGAUGGUUUAGCCAAUGGUGUUCAUUCCAAUUCUCCAAGUACUUUGUCUACGAGCGUCAAUCCUAGACCACCAGAAAGAAUUGAUAGCAGGCAAUUUUGCCGAGUAAACUCAAGCUCAAUUGAACUCAAUGAGAAAGUUUUUGGAUCUACUGGAAAUUGUAGCUCUCCACUCCCUGGACAUCAUUAUGCAUGGAGCAACUCAUUUCACCCUCAACCUCCAGGCGUGAUGUGGCCGAACUCUCCAACAUUUGUCAAUGGAGUUUGUGCAGCCCAUCCUCAAACGCGCCUCCCUGGACUGCCUAGGGCACCAUCUCAUAUGUUGAACCCAGCUUUACCCAUGAGUAGUCAUCCUGUGGGGUCUGCGCCAGUGGUCAAUCCUUCUCUCUGGGACAGGCGACACUCCUAUACAGGGGAAUCCCCCGAGGCUUCUGGAUUCCAUCCUGGUUCCCUUGGGAACGUGAGAAUUUCAAACUCACCUCAUUCUUUGGACUUUGUUUCACAUAGCAUGUUUCCGCAUGCUGGUGGAAACUGCAUGGACCUUCCAAUUCCUUCAAAAAGUGCAGGACUGCAGUCCCAUCAUCAGAGGUGUAUGGUGUUUCCAGGCCGAGGCCAAAUGAUUCCCAUCAUGAAUUCAUUUGAUCCUCCAAGUGAACGUGCUAGAAGUCGUAGAAAUGAAAGCAACUCUAAUCAGAUCGACAACAAGAAACAAUAUGAGCUGGAUAUUGACCGCAUAAUGAGAGGAGAAGACAACCGAACAACCCUAAUGAUAAAGAACAUUCCUAACAAAUACACUUCAAAGAUGCUUUUGGCUGCAAUUGACGAACGUCAUCGAGGAACUUAUGAUUUCAUUUAUCUACCGAUAGAUUUCAAGAAUAAAUGCAAUGUGGGGUAUGCAUUCAUCAACAUGACUGAUCCUAGCCUGAUCGUUCCAUUCUACCAGUCAUUUAAUGGGAAGAAAUGGGAGAAGUUUAAUAGUGAGAAGGUGGCUUCACUAGCCUAUGCUCGCAUUCAAGGUAAAUCUGCUCUAAUUGCACAUUUCCAAAAUUCAAGCUUGAUGAAUGAGGAUAAGCGAUGCCGACCAAUUCUCUUCAAUACAGACGGGCCCAACGCAGGUGAUCAGGUUCCGUUUCCCAUGGGGGUGAAUGUUCGCACAAGACCUGGGAAAUCUCGAACGAGUAUGCAUGAAGAGAUCCAUCAAGGAAGCCCACCGAGUUUCGGAAAUGGGGAUGAUUCUUCUCAAGGAGAGACGUCUGGUUCUGUCAAGGAGUCAGAUUAAGCAAAGCUACUAAGUUUUUUGUGGGCACUAAACUAACCUUUUAUAGCACUAAGUACUAAUCUGCAUCCUCGUACAAGACCUGGUGACAUAUAACUACAGGUGGCACAAGGGAGGGUAAACUUGUCUUGGUGGCUGAUUAAAAAUUUGAGGAAACCCUUAGCCAACAAUGCCAAGUGGUUUUCCAAUUUUGUCCUGAGAUUUUUCUGACUCUGAAUUGGUUAGAGGCAUGCAUGCUUGGCCAAUCCUAAUUGGAUUUCCAGUUUUCUUGAGAUUUUUCUUAUCAAAUUCUGGAAUUGUUAAGAGGAAAAAAAAAUGAAAAAAGGGAAAAUCUUAUUUAGCUUUGAAAAUUUUGGAUGAACUUGAGAGUACCGAUACAUAAUGAAAAGGAGAAAAAAAAAAGAAAAAAAGAAAAAAGCGUGGUAUGUACAGGAGUUGGGAGUUCCAGCACUGGAGAUUGUUUGCUUACAGUAUAAGGCUUUAACUGCUAUAUUAUUUGUUCUUUCGUUUCUCUUUA